AUAGAUAUGAUAAAAUAUUUAUUAGAAAUAAAUUACUGAUAAAUAUGCAGGUUCAAAUUAUUCUUUUUCGACCGCCAUAGUUUUACACUAUGCACAUGCACACCCCCGAUCCUUUUGAUUCGGGUAUUUAAAUUGGUUGUGCCUCUGUCUCCCUCUAGGAGGUAAGUUUCCUUGCCUAGUGUCACUUCUUGUUAUACCUACUCUUUGGUAAAAUUGCAUUUAGUGAUUUCCGGAUAUUUAGGGAAAGUUGGAGCAGAUGGUACUCCUGGAAGCGUUCAACAAUUUUGAUGAGGCAAUUGGUAAACCUGUUAAAAUAUUUUGAUAGCUGGGAAGUCACGUACUUUCAAAUAGAAUGUGUCACAGUUUUUAUAAGAUAACGACAAUAUUUUAUAGUUUGUGCAGGCUCCGACUUCAAACUAUCUGCAUUCGAUGACGAAGGUUGUGACUUCAUUUUUUAUUAUAUAAGAAUACAAUUUGAUAUAACCAUUGCCUACAUGGUCACAGAUGUUGCAAUGAUAUUGAUAAAUCUUAUAUUGUGUAGUAGGAUCAGUUGGGACAGUUUGGAUCAGUAAUUGUAUUAUAAUUAAUAACCAUUUUAACAAUGAAGGAUCAGAAAAGUAAAGUAGAAAGGUCUACCGUUGCAAGAAGCACACAUUGUACCAGUUAUGGUGUGUGUGAUCUGCUACCAUUAGAUGAAUUUGAACCACCUAUGCAUAUAAAAAUGGCUAUAAGGAAUCAUUCAGUAGAAUAUUCUACAAAUAAUCAAUUACAAGGAAAUUACAUCAAGCUUAUUAAUAAUUUUUUAAACAUGAAUAAAAUAGGAGCUGAACAUUAUUUAAUAUUUUUUAAAAUUUUAUUGUAUAUGGAGGACCAUGAAAUUCAAUUAAUUGCGGCGGAACAUAAUUUAAUAAAUCAAGACAUUAAGGAAAUUUCCAAUAUUUUUGUAUUCACAGUACCUACUUUAGAUGAGACUGACCCAUUUAUUAGUAUUGGUGAUAUGGUAAAAUUACAAACAACAUCAUCAAAAUAUAUAUGUUGUGGUAAAAUUGUAAAUAUUGAGGCAAAAGAUAUAUAUGUAUCUGUGAGAGAAUACUGCAGUAAAAAGCUUUUAGGUGACACGGUCAAUGUUUAUUUCUUUCCUGCAAAUUGGCCAAUAAAGUGUUUCCAUUAUGUCUUGCACCAUAUAUGUAAACAUAACUUGACUAAUUUAUUAUUUCCUAAAGUAAAUACAAUUUUUCACACUUCAUACACGCAAAAGAUAGAUUGGGUAAAUCAGUCUGUAGCAAAUAAUCCAGAACAAAAAAUGGCAGUAAUGAACAUUUUGAAUAAUUCAGCAUAUCCUGCACCAUUCAUAUUAUUUGGCCCUCCUGGUACUGGAAAAACAGCAACAUUAGUUGAAGCCAUUUGUCAGAUUAGGAAACAGUACAAGACCAAAAAUAUUUUGGUAUGUACAUCUUCUAAUGCAGCUGCAGAUGAAAUUACAAAAAGAUUAUUAACUGUACUUCCUUGUAAAGAUGUCUUUCGAAUGUAUGCCCCAUCUAAACCUUGGACAAGUUUAGAUAAAAAUAUUGAUCCUGCAUCAAAUUUUAUUGACAACUCGGUGCUUUUUCUACCGAAAGAAAUUUUUAUUUUAAAAAAGAUUGUUAUUACAACAUUAGUGAAUUGUAUAAGAUUGGUAGCACUCAAUUUACAAAAAGAUCAUUUUUCGUAUAUAUUCAUUGACGAAGCUAGCCAAUGUAUAGAAUUAGAAUCAUUGAUUCCAUUUACACUUGCAAGUUCAGAAAAUAAAAUAGGCAAAGGAAUAUUACAUGCUCAAAUUAUUAUUGCUGGCGAUCCUUAUCAGCUAGGACCUGUAGUUCGAUGUAAAAAAAUUGAGCAUUUGCUUGGAAAAUCAAUAAUAGAAAGAUUAAUGGAAUGUGAACCAUAUCAAAAAGUAAAUAAUAAAUACAAUUCACGUUACAUAAUAAAAUUAAUUCGCAAUUAUCGUAGUAGAGAAGCUAUUUUACGUGUACCAAAUGAAUUAUUUUACGAUAAUGAAUUGUUAUGUAAUAUUAAAAAUGAUACAAAUAAGAUAACAUUAAAUUGGAAAGAAUUAGCAUAUAAAACGUUUCCUAUUAUUUUUUUUGCAAUUAAUGGUGAAGAAAUGAGAACGGAAAAUGGAAGCGUUUAUAACAAACAAGAAGUUAAAGCUAUAAUUAAUUAUACAAGAAAACUAGUAUACGCCAAAAUUGGUGUCCGCAAAAUUGAACCAAAAGAUAUUGGCAUUAUAACGCCAUUCAGGCAACAAAAAUUUAUGAUCGAACAGAAUUUGAAAAGAUACAAAUUAACCGAUAUAACUGUUGGAACUGUAGAAACAUUUCAAGGGCAAGAAAGAGAAGUUAUACUUUUAACUACAGUACGAUCGAAAGUCUUUCAAAAUAACGGCAAACAACAUAUUGGCUUCCUGUCUAAUCCAAAAAGGUUUAAUGUUGCACUGACAAGAGCAAAAAGUCUUUUAAUAAUAAUAGGAAAUCCAGCUACACUAUGUAAAGAUAAGAAUUGGAAUGUUUUAUGGCAAUAUUGUAAAAAGAAUAAUGCAUGUAGCAUUAUUGAAGUAAUACCUUAGUUAAAUUUAAAAAUACCUUUUGUAUAGUAAGUCAAAUAUUGGUAACAAAUUCCAAGAUAUCAUUUUUACAUUUUGCAACUUCGCUUAUGUUUGUUUAAAUAAUUUACAGAAAAAGAAUUUUUAUUGGUGU